GUUAUCCGCAAGCGACUUCUGAUCGAUGGCGAUGGUGCUGGUGACGACAGGCGGAUCAAUUUGUUGGUGAAGAGUUUCAUUAAGUGGUGUAAUUCCGGAUCUCAAGAGGAAGGUUACAGCCAAUACCAACGAAUGCUGAGUACUUUAUCACAGUGUGAAUUUUCAAUGGGGAAAACUCUUCUGGUGUAUGAUAUGAACCUGAGAGAAAUGGAAAAUUAUGAAAAAAUCUAUAAGGACAUAGAAAAUAGUAUAGCUGCAGCACAUGAGAAGAUUUCUGAAUGCAAAAAACAAAUCCUGCAAGCCAAAAGGAUUCGAAAAAAUCGCCAGGAGUAUGAUGCGUUGGCCAAAGUCAUACAGCACCACCCAGACAGACAUGAAACUCUGAAGCAGCUCGAGGCCUUGGGGAAAGAACUGCAACAUCUUUCUCACAUUAAAGAAAAUGUUGAAGAUAAGUUGGAGCUGAGAAGAAAGCAGUUUCAUGUUCUUCUGAGCACCAUCCACGAACUUCAGCAAACCCUGGAAAAUGAUGAAAAACUUUCAGAAGCUGAAGAAUCUCAAGAAACUCAGAUGGAAACAGAGACCAAACAGUAGGUGUAAUACGAAGACUACUGACUACACUAUUGAAGAAUAUCCAAGUGUCUUCACUUUUUAUUGAAACCAACAGUAAGAAACGGAGCUGAAAAAUAGUUUUCUACUGCUUCUGUGAAUUUUUGUACAAAAAUACUUGUUUUGCCAAUGCUUCAGGGGAAAACAGCUACAGAUCUGU